AGCCAAGGUCGAACGUUUGGAUAGCAAUAGCACAGGCAAGAGAAAAAAGAGCGCUAUCAUGUCUUCGGCGGCUCCGCAGGUUGGUUUUUUGAGGUGUCGAAACACUUUUCUCGAUUUUGAGAUGGCGGACGACGCUGGAAGUUCUGACAAUGAAGCCGAGACCGACCCUCUGUCUGGGAACUCGGGAUCGAGUGGCUCGAGAAGUAAGCAUAAGCGCGCGAAAAGCAUGCCGGUGGCAGGGACGUGCAAGUACCGCCGUCUCGGCGACGACGAAAUAUCUGGCGUGGAUGAAGUGUCUAUGAUGCCUUCGCCUUACCCGGAGACCAUGCAAGUGGUCUGGGCAGCAGGUGGCAUCAGUAGCAUCGUACCAGAGCAGGGCUCCACUGCACAUGCAGCAAGUGCUGGAGUGUCGGAGCACGAGCCCCUUGCUGGACCGGGAGCGAAAAGCGCACUUAGUUCAUCCGGUUGUGGGGAUAAUGAUAAUAUCGUGG